AUGGCGCAGCCCCGGGGGCCCGCGGGCCGGCCGCCUCGGGCCUCGUCAGACGUGCCGAUGAGGCUGCGGACUGCCCCGCCACUGCGUUCCUCCAGUGCGGACGCCGGGGUCCUGGACAGGUACCGGGGCACCUACGCCAAGGGCGCCAACGUCCGGGAAUCCUUCCCCAGCGCGGGGAUGCUCCCGGCCGUCGGCUCUGCGCGCCGCCGGGGGGCGCUGCGCGAGCUGCUGGGACAGCAGGGGGCGACUCUCGCCCAGGGGCCGUCGGAGGAGAGUGCCCAGGAGCCGCCGGCGCCGCCGCCGCCGGCACCGCCGGCGCUUGGUGGGUCGCAAGGCAGCGGGCUGUGCAUGGAGCCCCGCGAACACGCGUGGAUGCUGGCGGCAGCCGAGGGCCGCUUUGAGGUGCUGCGGGAGCUCCUGGAGGCCGAGCCGGGGCUGCUGCUCCGGAGCGACCCGAUCACGGGCUACACGGUGCUGCACUGGCUGGCCAAGCACGGGCGCCACGAGGAGCUCAUCCUGGUGCACGACUUCGCCAAGCGCCACGGGCUGCGGCUCGACAUGAGCGUGCCGGGCAGCGGCGGCCUCACGCCCCUCCACCUGGCCACCCAGCAGGGCCACGACAUGGUCAUCAAGGUGCUCGUGGGCGCCCUGGGCGCCGACCCCACGCGCCGGGACCACAGCGGCCAUCGGGCCUGCCACUACCUGCGGCCCAACGCGCCCCGGCAUCUGCGCGAGCUGGCGGGGGCUGAGGAAUGGGAGGUGGUCGAUGGCCAGCAGUGUGGCAACAGCAACAACAACAGCAGCGGCACGUGGCUUCUGCGUCGGAGCGCGAGCAAUUUGGGCUCGAAGGCCGGGAAUUCCACGAAGAAAGCGGCGGCGGCCAAAGAGAAGGACUCCGGGAGCACCCGAGUGGCACAAAUCCAUGGCCUGCUGCGCCAAGCGUUUCCCUUCUUCCAGGACCGUUGAGGCGGUGGAGCCUGGAGAGCGCCGAGCGCCACUGCUGCUGUGCGGAAGCU